GUAAAUGGGAACAACACAGCGCCUGCGCAAACUAAUAACGCAAAGGACGUUUCAGGGAAGUUGACGUACACUACGUCAAUGCGGUAGUAGCUGGUGAAAGACAGAACUCUAGCUGUUAGGUUAGGGACUUCUGUGUACAGACCGGCACAAGCGUCUCAAAACUGACACCCGGUGGGCUGCAGAGAUUUUAGGGGAAACCUAGGUCGGUGAAAAAAACAUGGGGAACGGAGAGAGCGGCUGCGGUGGAGGCAGCGGCGAUGAAGAAGACAUAGAAACAGAGAGCCCCGGGUUCGCGGAAGACAGUCCGGCCUCAACGGGUACUGGCGGCGGUGUCGGAGGCGCUGGAGGUUUCGCUUCUGGGAGAAGCGGAAGGGGAUCGAAUAACCUGCCCGUGUCCACUGGUGGACCCCCUAGCCCCGGGGUCCUCCUAGAGCAAGUGAAACUGCGAGAAGCGGCGGCCCGUAUUAGUGAUUCUGGGGUCGCUAUUCAGGAGUCUGUCCUGGCCGGGAAUGAGAGUGUCUUGGUACGGUGGUUGGAGGACCGGUUAAACCGAGGAGAAGAGUCUGUCAAUGUGGAACAAUUCUGUGAGAUGUUGGAAAGCAGAGAUGCCCCGAGAGAUGAAUGUGAAGAGGCCUUUGGGCAGUUUGAUGCAGAGGGGGAUGGAGUGGUGGAUGUAGAGAGCAUGCUGAUUGCUCUGAAGAACUCAAACGGGGCUAAUCUACAGGGAGAGCUGAGUCAUGUGAUAAGACAGCUACAAGCGUGCUCCCUAACACCAGGUUUUGUUGACAUUUUUUCCAAGACCAAAGACCGGUUAGGGGCACAUGCCUCUAAGAUCCUUAAGUUCUUACACAGGAAUCGUAUUCCCAGCAGUGCCAUCCCAUUCCCUAUCUUAGAGGGCUACAAUAGCAUCUGCACCAUGAGGUCCAGUGUGGUCCAGGACUACUUGGAAUUUCUCUUGCAGAAGGAGAAAGAGCUUCCAGCAGAGCUGGAUCGUGAUCCAGAGGUAGACAAGGUCAAGGUGGUCACACAGUGCUACAGCACAAUAGAAGCCUCAUCCAAUGUUGCUGACAUUUACAAGAUGACAAAUGGAGAAACUGCAUCUUUCUGGCAAUCAGAUGGCAGUGCACGCUCACACUGGAUCAGACUAAAAAUGAAACCGGAUGUGGUUCUGAGACGCCUGGCCAUUGCUGUGGCUUCUAAUGACCAUAGCUACAUGCCUCAAAUGGUGUCAGUUGCUGUGGGGAAAAACCGUCGUAACCUGCAGGAGAUCACAGAUAUCCGCAUCCCCAGCAAUGUCACAGGCUACGUAGCUCUCUUGGAGAAUGCUAACAUCACACACCCGUACAUACAGAUCAACAUUAAGCGGUGCCUGAGCGAUGGAUGUGACACACGGAUUCAUGGCUUGAAGACACUGGGCUAUCAGAUUACCAAGAGUAAAGAGGUGUCUGUUUCGGAUGCUUCAGCCAUCUGGUAUCUGUCUCUCCUCACCUCCUUGGUCACUGCCUCCAUGGGGACUAACCCUGCACUGGCUCACAUUGUUCUGCAGAACACACAAAAAGCCUUACGGCACAUGCCACCAUUGUCCCUAACACCAUCAUCCACAGAGUUCCCCAAGUUCUUCUCUGUGAACAUCCUGGAGGAGGUGGAUGGAUUUUUGCUCAGGAUAGCAGACUGCUGUGAGAGUCCCAAUGCAGAAAUAACCCUCCUGGCCUUUGCUCUGGCUAGAGGCAGCGUGGCAAAAGUCCUUCAGGCUCUGUCUUGCAUCAGUGAUCAUUUAGAGACUGAGUAUAAGGCCUCCUCCCUCAUCAUGUCUAUGGCCUCCGUUAGGUUGCGACUGCUCUAUUGCAAUGGGAAGCCCCUCCAGCUGCACCUACAGGCCUGUGAUGUAAAGAGCAAAGAGGAGAAGUCUGGACCAGAGAACAUGCUCACAGAAUCCUCCACUGGAGAUGGUUUUCUAACGGAAAGUGGCAGGAAGACAGCCAGUGUGAUCUUGUCAACAGAGGACCAGAGCAACUUCCAGGUCACUCAGAUGAAGAUCAGAGUGCGAAAAGGAGCCAUUGGAGCAAAAUGUGGCUUGGUGUUUGCAUACAAGGAGGAAGACCCGUUUGAUGCCGAGAAACAUUUCAAGAGGUUCAAAAAGUAUGAUACCUGGGGCUACAAGGGCUACAAAGACUUUAUACAAGACAGUGUGAAGAUUCCAGCUCAGUCUGAGGAUGAGCCAAUUGGCUGGUUUGAGCUUGAGGAUGACUGGAACGAUGUGGAAAUCAAGCUGCAGCAGUGUCGUGUUGCAAAGUUCCUGAUGGUGAAGUUCCUCUGCGCCAGGCAAGAGUCUGCUGAGCGUCUUGGGGUGCAGUCGCUCAGCUUCAGUGGAUACCUGUGCCCUGGGGCAGAGAGACUAGCAGACCUGGAUGACCUCAGUGCAGAGGGAGACAGCUUCGACCAUGAUGCUGUCACUGGCCUUUGUCUACUUAACAAGACGCUAUUUUUCAUUCAACAGCUUACACGAGACAUGGUAACUACUGAUCACUGCUUGAAGGAUGCAUCACACUUCAAGCAGAGGUCUCUUCUGGACUUCAGUGGGCUCAGUCUCAACCUCUUCUGGAACUUCUACAGUAAACUCAGGGACAUUGAGGGAGAGGAAGUGUUGAAGAGCAGAGUUCUACUGCUCCAGUUGAUGCAGAACUGUUUCCCUAUGCUACCCAACCCACUGGAGUCCCGGGGCCCAGAGGCGAACAGAGAGCCAGAUGAGAGAGCCACAGCAGCAGAUUGCUCAUCCACCUCCAGCAGUGGAGAGCCUCUGAAUGACUCUGUUAGAGCUGUGUGGGAACUCUACACUCACCUCUGCCACAUUGUGGAUGGUCCAGAGGGCAAGACAUCAGUGGAAAACUCUUUGCACAAGGAAGCAGUCAAAACCAUUCUUAAUGGAGCUGCUGUUUUCUUUCCUGAUAAACAUGUCAGGCGGGACAAACUUUUCCACAUGAUGAAAAACAUUACAGAAGAGGUUCAGUCAGAGUCAGUAAAGGUGACAUUUGAAUCACUUUGUAAUUACUUCAGUGACCAGGAUCCAAGUGGCCUUCUCCUGCUCCCACCUAAAGGAGCUCCCUCAGACUUUGACAUCAGUCCUAUACUGUCAGUCAUGGAGACACUGCUACUGGUGGCACAAAGAGAGUGUGAAGUUAUGAUGGUGGAUGAGAGUGCUGGAGCCAGCAGGACAGUGUUGCUGACCUUGUUCUGGGCACUGCAGAGUAGUCUGCUCUCCUGGUGCUACCUACAGCUCAAAGGAGCAGCUUCCACGGCUAUAUCUAUGGAGCUGGCCAGAGGCAUCCUACUACAGUAUGUGGAUCAGUUUUUGGGAAGCAUAAAGACAACCCUUGGCUCCAUGAUGGAGAGGUACACCAGUGCUGAAAUUACUGACAAACUAGGCAGCUCCAUCCUAGCCACAGUCUUCAGACAGCUGAUGAUUUUCCUCCUGGAGCUGUGCUCUUUGGACAUCCCUCACAGUGUGCUGCUGAAGAGCUUCUCUUGUCUGGUCGAGCUACUCAAAAGCUUAUCCAGUGCUACUGGAGACAUCUUUUCUAAGGUGGAUCAGGAGAGCUGGCACCAGCCCCAGCAGCCAGUGGUGCUGAGGACCUGGAACAAGGAGUCCCCUCACAACUAUGAGAACAGCCGCCAUGAAACCAGCAUCUUUGCCUGCCCGGGCACUACCUCCUUUGAGGUGGAGUUUGAUGAACGCUGUGAGACAGAGAAGAGAUAUGACUACCUAGAAUUCACAGAUUCUAGAGGUGGGAAGAUCCGCUAUGAUAUGAAAGUUGGAACUGAGAAGUGGCCAAAGAAAGUGACAUUUGAUGCUGGCCCUCAGCUCCAGUUCCUUUUCCACUCUGAUAGCAGUAACACCGAGUGGGGUUACAAGUUCACGGUGAGAGCUCUGGGUCUGCCAGACAUCACCAUUUCUUGGAUGUCAGACCUGCAGCUGCUGGUGGCUCGUCUGAUGGGCCGUCUCGCAUCUAGAACACUGGCGCUGAAAUCCCCUCAUGAGAUACGCACCAUAAAGGAACUUCCAUCAGGAAAAAUGACCCAUGUUCAGUCUUCUCCUUUAUGGAAGCCCAUCCUGCGACAUGGAAUGUGUGAAACAAGGGAGAUGAAUCAGUCCAAAGCAUCUACAGACCAGGCAAAUACAUGGUCACUUGAUGAGUUAAGGAGCUUCUUGGAGGAUUUUGCCUGUUGGAACCCGUCCGAGGACCCAACAGACAGUAGAACAGAGCUCAUGAGGACCCUCAUGCAGUCCUGUAGAAAACAGUCAUUGAGGAGCGAGAUAGCUGCCGGGCCAAACACAGACCAAGCUGUGAAUGCCAUAUGGGCAGCUAUGGUAUACCACACUCCGACCCUCAGCCAUGCCCUGAAGAGCUAUGUUCAUCAGGACUGCAAGUCUUGUCUAAGUGAUGAGUUUGUGCAGGUGUAUUCAUUGGCAGACAGCAUCAGAACAUGGAUGUUGGAGAUGAAGCAGAGGUACCUAGUUGGCAAAAUGAAUCUUCCUGACAAGACAGAAGGGAUUCCUGAUGAAGUUACUAUGGACAUACUAGCUGACAUGUGUAUUGAGAAGAGCCUCUUGCUGUUCAGAUUUGCCCCUUGUGGAGUAACACACCAGGACAGUGACUCAUUCAAAGCUACAGAGGGUAGCAGUGCUCUAUUCCACCGCUCAAGUUCGAUCUCUGAAGGGGACUUCCAGGCCUGCACCCCUGUAGGACUUCAGCCUGCAGACUCUGAGGAAGGCGGUGAGGCCAGGGCAGGACAGAGCAAGUCCUUUGGCACUCAAACCCAAAACUCAUCUUCAUGUUGGCACAGCAGGCGGAGUAACCGGGACUCCACAGAGAGCCUCUCUUCCCAGCCAGGGGAGCCAGCCUCACCCUCUGCUUUGCCCCGGAAAGCCCCGUUCAGUCGGGCACGGCUACGCCUUCUGUCUUGUCGAUCUAUAGAGGAGCCCCGCAUGACCCCCUCUGUCAAGGAUCGCUACCCAAUACUCAAACACAUCCUAAAUUUUAUAAGGGACCAGGCUCUCACAACACCAAGCAUUCUACAGACCCUGUCCCUGAACAAAGCCCAGGCUCUGAGUGUGUGCAAGGUCCUGGAGAUGGUUCAACAGUGUUUACAUUCCCUUGGAAAGCCACACCUCUUCCAAGCCCCGUGCAUCCUGUUUCUACAGGAGCUGCUGGCUUGCCAAAAAGACUUCACCAGUUAUUUCUCGCAGAUGUCAGACGGUGGGCAGAAGCUCGGAGAGCAGGUGAGGCAUUCCUACCAUCAGCUGGUGCUCAUGCUGGUGGAAGCAGUACAAGACUUCAGCAGCCUUAAUGAGAAAGCCCUGCUACCAGCCUUAUCAUGUGUGCAGACUUGUCUGUUGCACCUUUUGGACAUGAGCUGGGAGGUGCAUGACCUUGCUCUCUUCCUGAAUAUCAAGCUACCUGACCUCCUGCUUAGCAUGUCCCAGGAGAACAUCAGUGUUCACGACAUUGCCAUCAGUCAAUGGACAGAGGAAGAUGAAAUCACAGACUACAAGAAGAACCAGGAGUGGAUGGAUGAGUGUAUGGAUGGAAUGUUUGAAAAGUGGUAUGACAAAAUCGAUGAGGAGGACUCCAUGGAGGACAGGAGAAAGAUGCACAUGUUCAUUGCACGUUAUUGUGACCUGCUGAAUGUUGUCAUCUCCUGUGAUGGCUGUGAGAGGAUGGCACCUUGGCACCGCUACCGAUGUCUGCAGUGCAUGGACAUGGACCUCUGCAAGACCUGCUUCCUCAGUGGUGCCAAGCCUGAAGGCCAUGAGGAUGACCAUGAGAUGGUGAACAUGGAAUAUGCUUGUGACCACUGCCAGGGGCUCAUUAUUGGCAGCAGGAUCAACUGCAACGUGUGUGAAGACUUUGACCUGUGCUUUGGUUGCUACAAUGCAAAGAAAUAUCCUGACAGCCAUUUGCCCACCCAUCGGAUCACAGUGUAUCCCAUGGUGACCAUACGAAUCAGUGACCGUCACCGUUUGAUCCAGCCCUAUAUCCACAACUAUUCCUGGCUGCUCUUUGCUGCUUUGGCCCUGUACACAUCAGAGCUGAGCAGUGAGAAGCAGGUGGAGGGAGAGUCUUUGGGCAGCAACCCCUUGAGCCAAACCUCUGCCCUACAGACACGCUGCUCCCAGCUUAUCACUGAUUGCUUACUCAAAGGGCAGACUGGCAAAGGUCUACGCUCCUCAGCUUUGCUUGCUCUGCUGUCUUCCAAUGAAUCAGCUUCUGAUAGUGACCUGUGUCCAUGCUCUCCCGAGUCCUCUCAGGAGCCCAGUAUGGCCACUGACACCUCAUCUCUCUCUGGCAGCACUGCUGCGAUCUGCUCCCCAUCAGCUCCUAGAGACAAGAGUGAAUCAUCAGCUAAGGAGAAAAAGGCAAUUCCCCUUGCUCCUCCAGAGGUGUCAUCCCCCCCAAGCACUGGAGAGGGAGAGAAGAAGAAGGUGGUUACUCAAGACAACCUGGGCUCCCCCAUUCUCAGCCAGUCACCUUCUGUGUCCAGCGAGGACCCCCUCUCUCCUAUGGUCCAACCUUCAGAGUCUGGACUAGGGCCAGUCAACUCUCCAGAAGUGGAUGGUGUCAAGGAGACAGAUGAGAGGCUGCCCCAGGUUCCCCUCCAGGAGCAUGUGUUUUCAGAGUGCUCUAGAGAAAGGAUUCUGGGACUGCUAGCAGCCAUGCUGCCACCAGCCAAACCAGGCAGCACCCUGUCUCUGCCCAGCCUGAGCUCAAUCUUGCCCCAGCUUUUCAGAGCAGUCAUUUCCAAUGCUGGCUCUCUCAAUGAGACCUACCACCUCACUCUGGGACUACUGGGUCAGCUGCUGCUCCGGAUUUCUCCGACAGAGGCCGACGCUGCUGUCACAGAGGCCCUGGCUGACAAAUAUGAGCUGUUGUCACAAGGAGAGGCAGCCAGUUCAGACACCCAGGGCUGGAGGACCACUCAGCUGCUUUUCAGUCUUGGAGCCAUCUGUUUAGACAGUCGUAUCGGUCUGGAUUGGGCGUGCACAGUGGCAGAUAUUUUACACAGUCUGAAUGCUUGUCCUGAGUGGACCACAGUUAUUGCUGCCUUCACUGACCAUUGCUUUCAGCAGCUGCCACAAACUCUCAAACGCACCAACCUCUUCACCCUCCUGGUGCUGGUGGGCUUCCCUGAGGUGCUGUGUGUGGGGACCCAGACGAUGUUUAUCGACAAUGCCAAUGAACAGCACAACAUGAUCUUGCUCAAACAUUUCACAGAAAAGAACCAUGCCGCAGUAGUGGAUGUUAAGACACGCAAGAGGAAAACGGUAAAGGACUACCAACUCAUCCAGUCACAGGAUUCCAGUACAGCUGGCCUCCCAGGGCAGUCAGAGGGCCAGGACUUUCCAGAGACGCUGCUCAGCCGCUACCUGAGCAGUUUCACCUCCAUCAUCAGCCACUUGCUGCAGACCAACCAGGACAGUGGCUCUGCUGACGCUGUGGAGGCUUCCUGGGUUCUGUCCUUGGCCCUUAAAGGUCUCUACAACACACUGAAGAAGCACGGGGUGGCACAAGCUCAGGACACCAUUCAGAAGUCAGGACUGACCCAGCUGCUGGUGAGGAAGUGCAGCAAGGGGACUGGCUUCAGCAAGCUCUGGUUGCUGCGAGAUCUAGAAAUUCUGUCCAUCAUGCUCUACUCCUCUAAGAGGGAAAUACACUCCAUGGCUCAGGACCCUGAGCGAGACCGAAGAGAGCAGGAGAAGGAGCCUGACUCAGACCACUCCAAUUUCGGCACUGAAGGCACAGAGGCCAGUAGGCUAGAUCCAUUGGAGGGUCUCGAUGAGGAGACAAAGAUUUGCUUCCAGAUCACCCAUGAUGCCUUAAACGCCCCCCUGCCCAUCCUCAGGGCCAUGUAUGAACUGCAGAUGAAGAGAACUGACUCCUUCUUUCUGGAGGUGCAGAAGAGGUUUGAUGGAGAAGAGAUAAAAACAGAUGAGACUAUCCGUUCGCUGGCCCAGAAGUGGCAGGCAACAAGGCGGACUUGCUCUGAAGAGAGGAACACCAAGGCUGUGGACACUGAUAUGAUUGUGGUGUCCUGCGUGUCUAAGCCCAGUCACUGUGAAAAGGCAACAGAGGAGAGCAAUGUAGUGGCACAAAAGCUCAUCACCAGUUCAGAGAGUGACUUACAGCUCAGCUAUGCCAAACAGAGGCGCACCAAGAGCUCAGCUCUUUUGCACAAGGAAUUGGAUGUGCGCAGCAACAGGGCAGUUCGUCAGUAUCUGGUGAAGGUCAACCAGGCCAUCGCCACACUGUACGCCCGCCACGUGUUAGCCUCACUGCUGGCAGACUGGCCUGCAGAGGCAGCACUGAGCGAGGAGGCCCUGGAACUGAACGGUGCCUCACACAUGGCCUACAUCCUAGAUAUGUUAAUGCAGCUGGAGGAGAGGCCCCUCUGGGAGAAGAUUCUCCAGAGGGUGCUGAAGGGUUGCAGCCAGAGUAUGCUGUGCAGUCUGUCUCUAACGGCUUGCCAGUUCAUGGAGGAGCCCGGUAUGGCCGUGCAGGUCAGAGAGUCCAAACACCCAUAUGACAACAACACCAACUUUGAGGAUAAAGUGCACAUCCCAGGGGCCAUCUACCUGUCUGUAAAAUUUGACUCCCGCUGCUACACAGAGGAAGGCUGUGAUGAGCUCAUCAUGUCCAGCAGCAGUGAUUUCCUCCAGGAUGUCCACAAUUUCAGUGGCUCUCCUCAGAAAUGGUCUGAUUUUGAGAUCCCUGGUGAUACCCUGUACUACAGGUUUAUGUCAGACAUGAGCAACACAGAGUGGGGCUACAAGUUCACUGUUACAGGAGGCCACAGAGGACGUUUCCAGACAGGUUUUGAGAUACUGAAGCAAAUGUUAGCUGACAACCAAGUGCUUAGUCACCUGCCACUUGCUGACAUCUGGGAAUGGCAGGUGGGCGUGGCCUGUCGCCAGACUGGGAACCAGAGGCUCAAAGCCAUUCACUUGUUGCUCCGCCUCCUGCAGUGUCAAUCCCAAACAGCCUGUGAGUUGAAGCUGCUGCGACCUCUUUGGCGCCUCUUUAUGUCCAUGGAGAACAGCCUGAGUCAGGAUCCCACCAGUAUCACUGUGUUGCUGCCUCUUCACAGAGCCCUCACUGAACUCUUCUUCAUGUCAGAGGCCCGGGCCAUUACACAAGGCAUCCUCCAAGAGUACUUAUUAGCCAUGACCACUGAUGAACAGCUCCUCAAUCACACUGCAAUGGCUCUGAAGAACAUCGCUGCCAUAAGCCUGGCUAUCAAUUACUCCAAUAAAUCUACCAAGUUACUCAACAUGUCCCCUUGAGAGACCCACAGAGAGAAAGGAGGACAGCGACCCAGAGGGACACGUCCUGACUCAGCAUGUUCCCUUUGAACAGAGAAAUAAGGGAGAAAACUCUCAGUGACCAUCCAGUGCUUACAUUCUAACAGGACCACACCUCCGCACUGGUAACUGCACUACUGGGGGCACGAGCUCUGGAGAGUGACUCAGACAGCACUUUCCACACUUAUCCACAAUCCUUUUUUGCCUUAGGUGAUUCCAGUUUAUCAGCAUGUGCAUUCACUGGAACAGGGACAGUUGUAGGGUCUAUAUUUGUCUCCUUUUUAAUUUUGUUUUUUACUUGAAGAUGCCAUGGUAAAGGAUAGGACGUUUGCCAAAUUUGCAAACUUCAAGGGGAUGUAUGUUCCUUUUUUUCCUUGUAAACAGCAGCCACUCUGGGCCACAUUCUGUAGUUGAUCAUGGUGAAAACGGGUCACCUUGGUGACUUGCACAUCUCAGUGGACAUGCAGAGCAUCCUAAAAAUACUGCCCAGGACAGUGGAGUCUCAUUAGUCAACACAGGGAGCAAGAACCGACCUCCUAGCUCAUGCCACUCCUUCCUUCCUUCUUUCUUUUCCUUCUUUUAUCCUUUUGUCUGUAUUUCUCCUCUCAUUCUUCCUUUCUUUUUCAAACAACAGAUGAGGUUGAUGGUAUUUUUUAGGGCUCUUGUUGAAAAGCUGGAAUAAAUACAUCAUUGUAGUAGUCCUAGACAUAUACAGUAUCUGAUCUGCAAAUUUUUGUCAGUAUAAUGCACAUUAAGCUUCACUUCUGACACUUUGAUCAGGCUGAACAGUAAAAAGAUAAUGGUCACAAUAGCCAUAUUCUGUGCAUAGGAUGGCAUCUGGCAUCACAGCUAAGGGAAAACUGUGAUAAUAUACUAGUGCAAUGCAUUCCUCCAUGUUAUUCUAUUAAUAUGUUGAAAUAUUUUCACUCCAUUACUAGUAUAUGAAUGAAAGACCAUUAUGAUGUCAAAUCACUCAUGGAAAUGAGUAACAGCAAAAAAAAAAAAAGUCACUGAAAAAUCCAGAGUCUCUUAGAGCCCUGCAGUUUUAUCCACAGGUAUAUUUUAUAUUUUAUCUAAUGUUUAGUUUUGUUUAAAAACAGUUUGACAGUUCACAGCAGUGAAAGCAAAACCUAAGUCAUUUCAUUAUGCUUUCACAUUAUUCUUGUGUACUGUCACAAAUUGUAAGAAUAUAACACAAUAUCAAUACCAGAGCAAACACUGCUGAUUCCCACUCUUACAAAGUUGGACAGUUACAUCACUUAUGAAACUUAAUUGACUGUCAUUCUUCAGAAUUGAAGUUGAUACACUGAUAAACAUAAAGGUGACUGUAAAAUAGACACUUUGCCCACUUAUUCACUAGUAACACAUCUAAUAUUUGUUGAGCUGAGAAGAUUGGAUUCUUCAAUGCUGAAUUACCUCAUCUUUUGUAAUUACACAGGUAAUUGUGUGAUGCUUCCUUAAAUGUUGAAUGUGACAAUGUGAUAUGCAACAUUAACUCCACAUUUUAUAAAGCUGAAACCCAUCUGUCGCUAUAUCCACAUCAGUCACAUGUCCUUUAUGUCAAAAAACAUCAAGUUUUGUAUGCUGGUAAAAACCUAAACAUCAGUCUCAGAGAGAGUGAAAUGGGGUUUUGUUUUUCAGUCGUUAUUGUCUGAAUUUCUAGCAGGUCAUGGUGGUUUAUACCAAAGAAACCAAUCAUUGUGAGCCAUGGCAUUCUCCUGAUAGCGCUCCUUCUCUAUUUAUCACAUAUCAGAUAGUUACCCUGUGAGAAGCUGGAGCAGAGGAAACCUUUAGACAUUGUAUUUUUCUUUCUUGCUUUCUGAAAUGGUCCCUAUAAAGACUAGGACAGCUUGGUGGUUUUGUUUACACAGACAUAGCUGCAGUGAGGAGAGAGGAAGACAUACGUGACCUCCAUUUGGCUUCUACAACGCCUCACUUAUCUACAACGUGCCUAUGGUUAAUAAUGAAGCAAUCAUAAUUUAACUCAUGUUAGUGGAAUAAUUAUUAAUUCUAUUUUAAAAGAAAUGUAGUUUAAUUUGAAGUUUUUCUAACUUUUUACUUUUAAUGUUUUCUUUUGUGAGGGUGCUUGAUAUUUGAAGCUGACUAAUUUGAAUGUACAUAUCUGUGAAUAAUACUUGCACAAAAAAGGACUUUGAUAUCAGUCCCAUAUAAACUUUAUUGGGCCACUAACAGAUGGACACUGAUUCUGAUUUUGUAUGCAUGGCACAAUUGAAGAUAAUUGAAAAAACGGUAGUACUGCUUGGGUUGAAAUGUGAUUUCUAAUAAAAAUAG